AUGGGCUGUCGCGUCCCGGAAGCCCUCAUGCAGCAAUCCAUGCUUCAGCAAGCACGAGCUGCCGCUGCCGCCGAGGCCAAUCCCGCAAGACCUACAAGACGGGAGACCCUCUUGCAAAUGACUGACCUCGUCACUCCCGGUUUGGCCGAGGACGACGUGCCACCUCCUCCGUACGGCCAGAUCCAUGGCGAGAUCCGCGACGAAAAGAAUGGCCUGGGCAUCAGUACCAGUGUCACCGACGACGGCCGUAUCAAUAUCCGCAUCAAUCAGUUCAACCGCCGUCUGUCCCAGGUCUUCAAUCCUGCUUUACGUGAACAGAUUCAGAGUGUCCAAGAAAGUCCACCGCCUCCUUCCCCUUACAUUCCGCCGUCCUUGGGAGGCGAGGAAGGAGUUCCUCCACCCCCACCAUUGAACAUCGUCAUCCAGGUCGUGGGCUCGCGCGGAGACGUGCAACCCUUCGUUGCCUUGGGCAAAGUUUUGAAAGACACCUACGGCCAUCGCGUACGUCUAGCGACUCAUCUCAUUUUUAAGGACUUUGUGCAGGAGCAUGGCCUGGAAUUCUUCAGCAUCGGCGGCGACCCCGCGCGGCUAAUGGCCUUCAUGGUCAAGAAUCCCAGCCUGAUGCCGGGCGUUCGCAGUCUACUAAGUGGAGAUGUCGGCCAGCGAAGGAGAGAUGUUGCCGAGUAUAUUCAAGGCUGUUGGCGAUCAUGUUACCAAGCCGGUGAUGGAACGAGUCUACAUACUACCAACGAUGACCCUUCCAACCCCUCAGGGAACGACCCUAGCCCCGAGCAAGCAGCAAGACCCUUUGUCGCCGACUGUAUCAUCGCCAACCCCCCAAGCUUCGCCCAUAUACAUUGUGCCGAGAAGCUGGGCAUCCCUCUCCAUAUUAUGUUUACUAUGCCAUACUCUCCCACCCAGGCCUUUCCCCACCCACUGGCCAACAUCCAAUCCUCCAAUGCCGACCCUCAACUAACUAAUUACAUAAGUUAUGCUAUGAUCGAAGUCCUCUCGUGGCAGGGUCUGGGUGAUAUCAUCAACCGAUUUCGCGCGAGGUGUCUCGGUUUAGACGCCGUAAGUCUGAUCUGGGCCCCCGGGAUGCUUCAGCGGCUCAAAGUCCCUCACACCUACUGCUGGUCACCGACCUUGAUACCCAAACCAAAAGACUGGGGCUUCCAUAUAUCCAUCUCUGGGUUCUACUUUCUCAACUCAGCUUCUGACUACACCCCCGCUCCUGAUUUGCAGGCCUUCCUCGAUGCUGGUCCACCCCCUGUCUACAUAGGAUUCGGGAGCAUCGUUUUGGACGAUCCCAAUGCGAUGACAGAGCUCAUCUUCGAGGCAGUGAGGAAGACUGGCCAGCGUGUUCUCCUUUCCAAAGGCUGGGGAGGCAUAGGCGUGGACGAGCUUCACAUCCCCGACCAAGUUUUCAUGCUAGGUAACGUGCCGCAUGACUGGCUUUUCAAGCACGUCUCGUGCGUCGUUCACCAUGGUGGCGCAGGAACCACGGCGGCAGGCAUAACCGCGGGCCGGCCGACUGUAAUCGUUUCCUUCUUUGGGGACCAGCCUUUCUGGGGCGCCGUGGUCGCGCGCGCAGGUGCUGGUCCCGAUCCAAUCCCCUACAAACAACUCACAGCGGACAAACUAGCCGAUGCCAUCAACUUCUGUCUGAAACACGAUAGUCUGGAACGCGCCAAAGAACUCGCAAGCAAGAUCGCGGAGGAACGAGGUACCGACAUGGGUGCUCAGUCGUUCCAUCAACAUCUCAGGGCUGACCGACUCCGUUGCACCCUUGCACCCUCUCGACCUGCUGCGUGGCGCGUCAAGCGCACGCAGGUCAGGUUGAGUGCUUUUGCUGCGUGCGCUUUAGCGAAUGCAAAUCUCUUGGAUUUCCAUGACUUGAAGCUCUUCAGACCACAAGAAUACUCGACCGACGAAGGUCCUUGGGAUCCAAUAUCCGGAUUUGCUGCAGCACUGUUCGGGGCAAUCAGCAGCAUGGCCAUGGGGGUAGCCGAUUUCCCCUCGGAAACGUGGAAAGCUUUGCAGAUCCCGAUGGGGUCCAGUCGACAGCAGUACCACGGAUCAAUGCCGACAAUCGCAGGGAAAAAGGAGACCUCACAUAUUGGCGAAAGAUCAACUCCGCCAACUUCGCCAGAGCAAAGUCAGACGAGCAUGGAUCUGCAGGAAUCUCUUGCUCAUGUUCGGAGUCCCUCCAACCUCUCCGUUCUGACAUCUCCCACUUCGAACAACGGAUCAAGCUCUACGUCCUCCGAUGCAUUGCAGGGCCCCUUGAAUCCCAAACAAGACGGCGCUAGCCGAAGGCGAGUCCGCAGCCGGGAUGAAUCCGGCUUCGGCAAAAACAAUGACAUGAUGCGCCAGACUGGCGUGCAUACGAGCAAAGGCUUCGGGCGGAUCGCAAAGGCGGCGAUACAGGCACCUAUGGACCUCUCAAUGAGUAUCACCAAAGGGUUCCACAACGUUCCUAAGCUUUGGGGAGACGAUACCGUGCGCCCUCAAGAACAAGUCAGUGAUCUCAAGUCAGGCGUCACGGCAGCAGGAAAAGAGUUUGGUUUCGGCUGGUACGAUGGCGUUACGGGCCUAUUCACUCAGCCCUGGAAAGGCGCCCAGAAAGAGGGUACCAGCGGCUUUUUCAAAGGAAUUGGCAAAGGCAUCGGAGGAUUGGCCACUAAGCCAGGCGCAGCCCUCUUCGGGAUCCCCGGCCAUAUGAUGAAGGGGGUCCACAAAGAGGUGCAGAAGUUAUUCGGCAGCAAUGUGCAGAACUACAUCGCGGCGUCCAGGACAGCUCAGGGAUACGAGGAGUGGCUGGAGAGCUCCGAUGUAGAGAAGCAAGACGUCAUCGUUCGGUGGAAGCUGAUACAGAAAUACCUGAAGAAAAAACGCACGCCUGACGAGAUGGUGCGAGAUGUCCUGGAAGCACAGCGGAAGAUGAAGAUGGAGGAUGGAGACGGCCGUCAAAACUCCGGACAUACCACGAGUUCUGCUGACACCGCCGGUGCAGAUGCUCCGAUCCUAGAUCCCAAGAGUCCCAUACUCGCCACGGGUGGUUCACGGUCCUCCGAAGAAUCGCUGGAAGCGGCUGAAAUCAACGGAACCAUUCGUAUUGUCAGACCAGGAGUCGUCACGUGCGACGGCAGAAAAGGAUGCCAAUGUGGAGCGGGCGAUUCAGGAAAACGUUUCUCGGAUCGAGCGCCAACGACAUGGAGCUGCAGAUCAUCAGGCAGAUCAGGAGAAUCUGCGCCAGGCUAUGGCGGCCAGCGAAGCAGAAGCUCGGCGACACGCAAGCGAAGCAUUGGAAUAUGA